GAAUGUAUCGAAAUAUAAUAAAUAAUAAUCAACAACAACAACAACAAGAUUCAUUACCAACAAAUAUUUAUUGGCCAACAAAUAAUAAUGAUAACCAAAAAAUAAUUGAAGGAGGGGGAGGGAAUAAUGGAAAUAAUUUUUAUCAACCACCAAACAAUAAUUGUUUAUAUUCUUCCUCUAAUAACACAACAAUUAAUUCUUUACAACAACCCUCUCCCAAUAAUGAGUACAUGAAAAGUGUUUUGGCUGCUGCACAAUGGGCUGAAGCUAAUCAAGCGGCGGCUGCGGCAGCUGGCUUUUAUGGUUCCCAAACAUCAAUGGCCGCUGCAGCAGUUGUAGCAGCAGCAUCAGUUUCAGCAAUCCCUUCAUGUUCUGCAUCCUCCACAGUUUCCUCUUCUUCACAUUUUUUGGAUAAUAAUUCUUCUCUUUUAUUAAAUAAUUCUUCUUCCCCUCCUCCUUCAACAACUACAAAAUCUUUAAAUGUUCAAACAUUUCCUUGGAUGAAAAUGAAUGGUAAAUUAACAUAUUAAAAUAAAACGAAAUAAAUAAAAAGUAAAUCGGGACUAAUUUGAAGGCUUCAAAAACCGAACAGAAAACCCGAAGAUUUUCCUUUCGUUUUUAGGUUCGGUUAACCGUAGAAGUUUUUUUCCUUACGGGAAACAUCAACAAACAUCAAUUAUCAAGGAAAAUAUAUCAUUUCGAGCCAGUC